AUGGCUCUUCGGAUGUCGGAGGAACAGCAGAAGGAGAUGCUUGCAGCCCAGGACCAGGCGAAUCUCAUGAAGAGUCUCAUGGAGAAUCCCGGGACCACACCGGCGUCACUGGGGAUGGCUGGAGCACGGGGCAGCCAAGAGCCAAUGCAGGCGGGAGCCGGGAACGACAACAAGAGGGGAGUUCGAGAGGAGGACCAGGAGCCAGAACGCCGACAGGGCAAGGGCUCCAAGCUCCCGCGCAACGAGGCCAAGGGCUCCUGGAGCAAUCGUCGCUCAGGCGCUGGCUGGGGCAACAAGUGGUGGACCGAGGAGGAGAAGAAAUCCUCGGACAAGGACGAGACCGAGACCAUGACCGAGCUCUGCCAGGCCAUGGCUCAACUCCUUCUUCGUCACGAAGAUCAACACAAUGUGAGCCGAACCGAAAGCGGCUUCAUCAUGUUUUGCCAGACACAAGGCAUGUUGUCGAUGGUGUCAGAGAUGCACAAAACAACGGAGGUCUGGCAGACCACCAAGACCAACAGCCCGGAGAAGCUCACCCUGUCCCUGAGGGCCACCCUUCUGAACCGGUUCAUGACGGUGUGGCAUCAAAGGCUGGAAUCCUGCAUAACGUCAGAGGAGGCCCGGAAGCAGGCUCAGGAACUCAUGAUCAUCAACGAGGACGGCACCGUCCCCUACUUGCAGUACAACAGGACUGCUAUGAAGCUGGAGAUCAAGGCGGAUCGGGACCCAAUGCAGAUGGAGGAG